AUGAAAGUUUUUAUAUUUUUUCUCCUUUGUUUUUCAAAGAAAAGUUUUGAACAAAACUUGACACAAUUAUUAACUACAACAUUUAAUUCAAAUAUAACAACAACAAAAACAACACUAAAAACAACAACACCUGCACAAACAACAACCAAAACUUCUUUUUCCUCUUCCAGCCAAACAAUACCUUUACAACUAAAAGUUGGUUUGUUGGCGGCAAAUGGAAGUUUAUAUCGUUCCCUUUAUGGCUUUGGACAAAGCACACCAGCAAUUAGUAUAGCUUUACAAAGAGCUAGGGAUGAACAUUUAAUUGAUAAUGUUAAUUUUACGUAUGUAAAUUUUAGAAAUUAA